AAGUUCCUUCCCAUUUGAAAAGCUGUCGAAAUAGGACCAGACAGAGCAAGUCACGUUAUCAAAUUAGUUUGAACAUCCUGUAAAGUUUCUUCCUUUCUUUCUCAUUUUCUCUCUCCUUCCCACCACCAAACUCUUCACUCAUUCUUGGGAAAACAUUUCAGAAAAGCUAAUUAAAUUAUAAAUAAAAGAUUCUUCCCUUUUUUUUUCUUUCUUUUAUUUUUUUUUUUCAAAUUUUAUGGGUGUUUGUUUGUUCAAUUUAAGCAAAACCCUUGUUCUGAUUUUUGUUCUUUAACUUUCCGGUGAAUCAAUUAAUUUUUUCGCCGCCGAUUUCAGCUUAAUUUUUAUUUUUAUUGGUGGGUCUCAAAUGGUUCAGCUGUUACUACCUCGCAAAACCCUAGAAUAAAGUUUUCAUCUUUUUUCUUUUUCUGAGGUUUGAAAAGUUUGCAUUUUGGGGAAGAAGGUUGGGUUCACCCCCUCAAUAAAAAAAAAAGAAAAAGGAAAAAAAAAAGGAAGGCAUGUACGUUGUGCCGCCGCCGUCACAGAAGUCGGAUCCGGCAUCUGGGUCUACUGAUUUAAGGGUUUACCAAACAUGGAAAGGCAGUAAUAAAUUUUUGCUUCAGGGGCAGCUAAUAUUUGGACCAGAUGUGAGGUCAUUAUUUUUGACCAUAUUCCUCAUCGUUGCCCCGAUUGCAGUAUUUUGUGUUUUUGUAGCUAGAAAGCUGAUGCAUGCUUAUUCUUAUAAUUUGGGAAUUACAAUCUUGGUUGUGGUGGUCACUGUUUAUGAUUUAGUUCUCCUUUUACUUACUUCUGGAAGAGAUCCUGGUAUAAUACCUCGCAAUGCGCACCCUCCAGAACCUGAAGGUUUUGAUGGAAGUGCUGAAACUGGGGGCGCCCAGACACCACAGCUACGAUUGCCGCGAAUUAAAGAAGUAGAGGUCAAUGGCAUCCCAGUGAAAAUUAAAUACUGUGAUACUUGCAUGCUUUACAGACCUCCUCGUUGCUCUCAUUGUUCAAUUUGCAACAAUUGUGUGGAAAGAUUUGAUCAUCAUUGUCCAUGGGUCGGGCAAUGCAUUGGGCUGAGAAAUUAUCGAUUCUUCUUCAUGUUUGUCUCUACAACUACAAUCUUGUGUAUAUAUGUGUUUGCAUUUUGCUGGGUCUACAUCAAGAGGAUCAUGGACGCAGAAGAGAUAUCAAUAUGGAAGGCUAUGAUUAAGACUCCUGCCUCCAUUGUUCUCAUAGUUUAUACAUUCAUCGCAGUUUGGUUUGUGGGUGGCCUUACGGCCUUCCACUUGUAUCUGAUAAGUACAAAUCAGACGACAUAUGAAAACUUCAGAUAUAGAUAUGAUCGACGGGCUAACCCAUACAACAAGGGAGUGGUGGAGAAUUUCAAGGAAAUAUUUUGCACAAGUAUUCCCCCAUCAAAGAACAACUUCAGGGCCUUGGUGCCUAGGGAGUCUCCUCCAUCAGCCCGGCCAAUGGGAGCAGGAUUUGUCAGCCCAAGCAUGGGAAAGGGCACAGAUGACAUAGAGAUAGGCCGAAAGGCAACAUGGGGUGGAGAAUUUGGGCCAGGCCUUGAAUCUGGUGAAGGACAAGUAAGCGACAAUGACAUCCUAAAUAUCAAAGAUGGAAGAUUAGGCGAAGCAUCUCCAGAAACAAGAGGUCAUGUAGAUGAAAUUGGGGAGCGUGGUGGACUACACCCUAGACGUUCUAGUUGGGGAAGGCAGAGUGGGAACUGGGAAAUGUCACCCGAAGUUCUUGCAUUGGCAGCUAGAGUAGGUGGCAGCAGCACUACUGCGAUGCCUGCCGGGAAUCAGCAUACAGAUAUUAAGUUGUGAAUUGUGACAACCCCAGGGGAUUAAGUAAAAGUUUUUCAUUACAUCAGUGUGUUCUAUUGUUAGUGGGGUAUGUGUUUGGCCGGGGCGUGAUUCAGGAAACUUGGUCAUCCAAUUCAACAGCACGUUUAACUUGUAUGUGAAUUUGUAGGGCUCAAUUUGUUUUUCCUUAGUGGUGUUGAUAUUCAGUCGUCGAAAACUGCUGUUUGAAAUCAUAGAUACAGGUGUGAUGUAUGAAUUCUCUCUUUCCUUCCACCUUUGUGGUCCUUGUAUUGUAUUCACUUCUUGCUUGUAUUCUCAGCCUCACUCACACUUCUCUUA